AUGAUUAAGGGUAAGCCUCGAGGUCGAACAGUAAAAAUAUCAUCCGGAUUGAUCAUUGGAGUAGAACACAAAAAGAAGAGGGCAGUUGGAAGACCAAUUAAAACUCCAAGAGGACGCAAUGCUAAAGUGAAAAGGGAUUUACUAACAAAGGAGGGUUUUCGUCUACCAAAGUUACCGGCAAUUCCUAACCCGCAACAUUCGAAGAGUUAUGUCAACUAUAAGGCUGUGAAGAUUGAUAUAUGA